UCGAAAUUCAUUCUUUCGCCAGUUUACAUAUAUAUUGUCAAUAAAUCACAUAAUAUUCGAAAACAUACACAAAUCUGUUAUUAGUGUCCUUCGGGCUAUACUCAACUCAACAUCUAAACUGAAUUCGUGUACAGAAUUGUCGUGUACAGAAUUAUUACCUUCGCUCAUAUAUCCAGCAUUAUUUCUAAGUGAAUAUAACGAUUAAAGUGAUCAAUAACUGUCAAUUACACGAGUAUAUAAUGUCUGAAAUAACUAAAACCUUGUAUUUAUAUCAUGAAUUAUGUACAGAAAAUAAUUAUAAUGAGUUUUUCAAUCCGAAUAUUUGUCAUGUCUGCAAGAGGCCGAAUGAAGGCAAAUUAAUGCCAUGUGAUUCGUGCGGCAUGGUCUUUUAUUGUUCCAAGGAGCAUCAAAUAAUCCAUCACAGCUCGCAUAUAGAAGUCUGUAUAGUUAUUAAAAUUGCAAGAACAGAAGACUUGGAAUCAAACGAUAGUUCUUUUAACUCAGAUGAUGAAUGGAGGUCAUAUCGAAAGACAUUUAUGCAAGGAAUUCAGAUAAAAAUGACACGUGAUCUAAAGCCGUACGAGAAAGAGAUAAUAAUGUGCGCAAAAUCAUGUCUUAUUUGUCACCAACAGAUUAAUCUGCGAACAUGCAACAUCUGUUAUUCCGCCAAUUAUUGUGAUAAGCACCAAUUUUAUUUAAAAAAAAAACACGGGACAAUGUGUACAGAUUUACUGGUAUUGUUGAAUUUAAAUAUCUUAAAUAAAAGCUACUUAAAUUUAAAAACGUAUCCACAAACUAUGAAGUUUACCAGAAUAACAAUAGAUUUUGAUGAUAUGAUUACAUUUGUUGAUCAAUAUAUUAAUAAACAUUAUGCAAAGAUGGGAGUUUGGAAUGAUAAUUCUUACAUAUAUUCAGAUUAUUUGUCAGCACCAUUGACACUAUAUUACGGGUUAAAGGAAUUCGCAAAUUUAUUUAAAGAAGCACAGAUUUAUAGAGAAGAACAUAAACUUAUUAACCGCAGCAGAAGUUUUCUUUUUAUCGUACAUAUCAUAGGUGCGAUUUCAGUAGAUAUAACGGGUUUACCAUCAUGGGAAAUUUUCUUACAUAUUUUUAAUAAACAUAAAUUUUCGGAAAAUAAAAUUAUGGAAUUAAAAGUUAUAUUGGUAGCACCAGAAACGGAUUGUGACAGGAAUGAAUAUUACGAUGUUUGCAGAGAAUGCGUCCGAACAAAUAAGCAGCUAUAUCUUGGAAAUGCAAGUGUGUCAUAUGAGGAUUAUAUGCGCACAAAUUUGUAUAAGCAAGCAAAUAUCAUUAUUGCAUUUCAAGCAGAAUUUAGUAUGGGGAGUCCCCUAUUAGAUAUUUUCAUCGCAACACAAGAUCGUACAUGUCCGUUUUUUUUCACCACAGCGUCACAAAAUAAAGCAGAAGAGAACAUAAGGAAGAUACAAGAAGUCUUGAACGUUCCUAGACAGCGUUCUGUAGAAAAUAAAUUUCGGAGUUAUAGACCAUACAGAAAUUACGAGACUGGGCCGUUUAUAUGGAGUUUAAGUUACGCAGAUAAAGUUUUGUUUGGCUAUUGAUAAGAGCUUCACAGAUAUUACAAUGUCAACGGUCCUCAGCCAUGGCUCUUUAGCCGAGCUAGAACGGCGAAAUGUACCCUAAGCCGAAUAGAAAAUCAAGAUUUGAUUAUUUUCUCGUAAUUUUGAUUUUCAUCGUGAUUUUAUAUUCUACUUAACAUAAUUGUAUUUGCAACUUAGUUAUGAUUGCUUCCGCAAUUUUUCAACAUUAUUCUUUAUUAUUUGUAAAUUUUAUAAUAUUCACGAAUAAAUAAUCAUUUCGUUGAUAGAACAUACA